AUGUUCGGCGUGGCGUUCUCGGUGCUCAAGGGAACGGAUCAGCCCGUCGACCUCAUGCUCGCGAGGGACACCUACAGGGACAGGACGUACGUCACAUCCGCCCUGCUCCUCGCCCGCUUCUCGCUCAAGUGGAACCCCAAGGGCGGCCACAGAAACACAACUGGAACAACGACCAAGUCUCUCAAGAAGGCAAUCGCCGCCGAGGAGGCGCUGCGUGCCCACGGCCACCAGGCCAUGUGGCUUCUGAAAGAGUUGGCGACCUUUAUCAACAGUGGCGGGCCCAAGGACCCCACGGAUCCAACCAAAAGGACCAAGAGGCUCUGCGCACUAUGCUACCUCGAUGCGGGCGAGUGCGUGACGGACCACGUAGCGAACCGGUGCCCCCGGGGACGGGAUUACCCAGGUGGAGACCCCAACGCGACGACGGAGAAGGUAGCGUCAAGCUGGAUCAGCGCGCUCAAGAAGAUUAAUCUGCCGGGGGGGUUUAUCUGCUUCUACUGCCUCUUCCCUAAGGAGUGGGAAGAAGGGGGGUGGGCGCAGACGGACUGUGUAGGGACCGGACGGGCUACAGCCAAGGACAUUGUAGCCUGGGUCUUAACACGGCACUGGGACACCUGGAAGCAGGUGGUUCGGGAAUUGCGGGGGCCCCACGAGGAAGACCCCUUUCCACCACGGUGGAAAGGGGACUCUAUGCUGGAGAGCAACCCCGAUUUCUACCGGAAGAGGGUAGAGAUCGUCGGGACAAGACAGGAGACUGUCAAUGUAGUACUAGCAUUGGCCCUCACGGUGUACAGGAUACAGAACCCCGGGGUGUGA